CGACAGACAAUGUCUUCGUACAUUUUUAAGAACUGUGUCUUAUAAAAAGGGUAGAAAAUCUCAAAGCCCAAGAAAAAAAAAAAGAAAAGAGAGGGGAAAAAUUGACAAGCUAAUUUACAAGAAGGAGUGUAAAACCCGAAAGAGUCAAUAAAAUGUUAAACGAGCAUUCCUCUCCACACCGGUUUGUGCGUGGUAUCUCUAAGUGUUCGAAACAAUAAUUGACAUUUCUUUUGAGUUAUAUUUCAUAAAUAUUAAACAAUUUUUUUUUUUAAUUUUAAAACCUAUAAUUUGGUAACCAACCUUUUAGCUGCGCCGAUGCGCAUCUACGUGGUUGUUAGUUUUGUUUAUUGGCAAACUUUUAUCAAGGGCAGCUGAAGAUUUGUUUUGUGUUAAACUGAAUUUACAAGCAUUAAGCUGAGCAUUGAGCACAAAAAUAAGAUUUUGGUUGCAAAAAGAAGUUAAAAAUAAAAUCAAAGGACUUUUGUGAAUGUUAAUCUCAAUAUCAAACCUACUUUCAAUAAAAAGUACUGCAUGAAUGCUCAUUCGUCUCCAAAAAUAAGUGUUUUUUUUUACAAAGAUUUUGUCAGCUAUUUUAAGUAACAUUGUUAAAGAUUAGAAGGAGAAAUCGUGUAUUAUAUACAGAAAAGUGGAGUUUAGCUUAAAAAGGAACUAAGUGCCGCCAUCCACUGCCUCAUACAGUGAAGAUUCGCUGUAUGUGUAAGAAAGCAUUAUAAUCAGCAGAGGGAAACUCAUGAAAAAGGGGGUACCUGAUGUAUUGGCGGCAGCGCGUAGUGUUUUGAAUGAUUGGAACACCGGAAAAAUUAAAUAUUGCACUGAGCCACCUGAGGAGAAAUGUGAUGAUCCACACAUCAGUGCAGCCAUUGUUCACGAAGAUGCUCUUGCAUUUAACGUUGACGGUUUUGAAGCUAUGGAAACUGAGAUUCUUAAUAAAUUCAAUGUGAAAGAGCAAGAUGUCAUGAAACUCGAUAGUACUGGACCAGUUGAAAGUAAAAUCCGCGAAUGUGGCGUAGAGGAUGAUAAGGAAGAAUAUGACGCCGUUAUUAAUGAAACGAGCGUAUCAAAUAAGAGACGGAAAUGUAAUUUAGAAGAAAACGUAAAAAAUCAACAACAAGAAUGCCCAAAGAAUUGGUAAUCAAACCUUGAAUAGAAGUUUGAAGCAACAAAUGAAGAAACGCAAAAAACAAAGCGCUUGUAAUGAAAAGAAAGUGAACAAGAUA